AUGACAGAGCCUCAGCGUACAGCCAGCUCCACCGUCACACCGGCACCCUCUUGCCCCCAACCAGCCGCCCCCAAGCCGUCCACCCAUCGCCGUAACCUCACCCUCCCCUCCGCCUCCGACGUCCCAAACCUCUCGCGUCCUGCAUUCUCGACCCUCCAACAGCACUACUCCCCCAAGAAGUCCACCGCGCCGAAACCACCUAUACCAGCAAGCACUACCCACACCGCCUCUUCCGCCUCUAUUAGUACAGCCGCCAACGACACCGCCUCCUCAACACCAGUCCUCCGCCUUCAAGCCGAACUCCUGCAACUGCACCUCCUUCACGCCUCCUCCGCCAACAUACUCCAGCAGUGGUCACAGAGCGCCGAGCGCGCACUCCAGAGCCGCUUCAACGCGGUCGGGGGCCAGUGGAAGCGGAUGCGGCAGCGCGAGCGCGAAGUCACCGAGCAGACUAACCUCCACGCCUUACUGGAGUGGGGCAAAUCUGGUACGGCGUCGUUCGGAGGCGGCCUAGGCGAGAACGUGGCUGUGCUUGGUGGGGUUCUGCAGGAGCUUUGGGUGCUCACUGAGGGCAGUGAUGGUGGUGGCGGGGGGAGGUAUGUGAGGCUUGUUGGGGGAUUUGAGUCGUGGCUCGCUUGGGUGCAGGAGAUCUGGGAGGGCAGGGGGAAGGGUGGCGACGAGGGUGAAAGUGGGGUGGAGCUGGUAGAUGCGGUUGCUAACGGGCUGGGGGAUGCGUGGAAGGAGGAGAAUAGGGCAUUGGAGAGGAAAUUGGGGAUGCUGCAGAGGGAGAUGGAGGGGCUGACGGAUCCGGCUGAGGGGUCGGAUGCAGCGCGCGUGGUGAGGAAUUUUAGGAGCCUGCUGCAAGGUUGCUUAGAGGAGUUGAAGGUGAUGCGGGAUGUUGAGGCUGAGGUUGUGGUGAGGGAGAAGGGGUGGGUGGAACAGCAGCUGCAGCGAGUGGAGCGGGAGAUUGACAUGGGAUUGCUGGAGGAAUUGGAGACGCGUGAUGGGAGUGAGGCGUGGCGGUGCGUAUAG